GAAAUUAUAAACAGUAAUUAUAGUACAAAUUUUUAAAAUCAAAAAGAUUCUUUACUUGUUUACAUAGAUUAAUAGUAGAUAUUAAAUAUAAAUUAAUUAAAAAAAAUUUUGAUAAAAAUUAAAAGCUGUCUCUAAUGGAUUAGUUACAUGGAGAGUCAACUUCAGUUGCCAAGAAAAUGAUAACAAAGCGAGAAAAAGCUGGCAUGCAUGCCAUUCUUAAACAGAUUGAAAAAAGUAGGCUUCUUAAUCUGUAUCGUACUUCGACUCUGAAAAAUGAGCCAGAGCAUGAUUUAAUUGAAAGUAUUUUGGACAGUGUCACCGAGACAUGUGAAAUGCUAGACAGAAAAGAAAUCUUCAAGGAAGACAUAGUAACUUAUUUACAGAAUCAAAGCAUUCCUGCUUCGCUAUACCAAAGCAAAUAUGCCUUAAUAAGGAAAUGUAGAAGAUUAUGGUCCAUACCGGAAAAGGAGUGGUCAAAUAGAGUAUCAAUCGUAGAAUCAAAGAAACUGAUAACAUUAAUGGAAAGGAAAGGACUUCUUUUCAUUCUUAAUCAGCUGGAAAAAACCAGGCUUCAUGACCUGUAUUUUACCUCAACCAAGCAGGAAGAUAAAGCUGUUAACAAAGAAAAGCUUGAAGAUAUAUUACUUAGCCAUGAAGAAGCCUAUGAAGUACUUGACAGAAAGGAUGUCCUGAAGGAAGCUAUAGUAGCAUUUUUACAAAGUGAAGGCGUUUCCGCAUCCGAAGAGGAAACCAAGUUUAGUGUCAUGAGAAAAUGUGAACGAUUAUGGAAGGAAUUUUAAUGAGGCAAAUUUUUUUAGUGUGUUUAUUGUUGAAUAUCAUUACAUCAUUUUAUAUUUGUAAUUUCAUUAAAGAGAAAAGUGAAAUGAUUA